AUGGCACCCCCAGGUCGCCGGCGCUAUGGCGCCCUCACUGUCGUCAUCGCGCUCUUCUGCAUUUUCGCCAGCACCGCACACGCCGCCUCAGCCGUCCUAGGAAUCGAUCUCGGAACCUCGUACCUCAAAGGCGCCCUCGUCAAGCCCGGCAUCCCGCUCGAAAUCGUCCUCUCGAAAGACUCAAAACGCAAGGAGGCGGCCGCCGUCGCUCUUAAGACUCCCCGCACACCCCUGCAAGCCGCCAGCGCAACCUUUCCCGAGCGCGCAUACGGCGGCGACGCCCUCGCCCUGUCCGCCCGCUUCCCCGGCGAUGUCUACCCGAACCUGAAGCCGCUCCUCGGCGAGCGCCUGGCCAGCAGCCGCGCGGCGGCGGAAUACCAGCAGCUGCACCCGGCGGUGGAGAUGGUGGGCGUCGAGGGCGGCCGGGUGGGCUUCCGCAGCCCGAGCUUCGAGGCGGACGCGGCGCCGUUCGCGGUCGAGGAGCUGCUGGCCAUGGAGCUGAAGAACCUGCGCGAGAACGCCGAGGAGAUGGCCGGCGGCGCGCGCAUCACCGACGCCGUCAUCACCGUGCCCGCCUUCUACACUGCGGCCGAGAAGCGCGCGGUCGAGCUGGCGGCUGAGCUGGCCGGCCUCAAGGUGCUGGCUCUUGUCAGCGACGGCGUCGCCGUCGGCCUCAACUAUGCCACCAGCAGGACUUUCCCCAGCGUCAGCGAGGGUGGGAAGCCUGAGCACCACAUGGUCUUCGACAUGGGCGCCGGCUCGACCACGGCGACGGUUCUGCGUUUCCAGGGCCGCACGGUCAAGGACGUCGGCCGCUUCAACAAGACGAUUCAGGAGGUGCAGGUUUUGGGCUCUGGUUGGGACAUGUACCUCGGCGGUGACUCGCUCAACGAGCUGAUCAUCCAGGACAUCAUCGAGCAAUUCGUCGAGAAGCCGGAGGCGAAGGCAGCCAGCGUGAAGAUUGAGGACGUCAAGAAGCACGGCCGGACCAUGGCGAAGCUGUGGAAGGACGUCGAGAAGGUCCGCCAGGUUCUCAGCGCCAACCAGGAGUCCAGCGGCAGCUGGGAGGGCCUGUACCAGGACGUGGAUUUCAAGUACAAGAUCUCCCGUGCGCGCUUCGAGGAGUUGGCUGCCGAGCAUGCCAUUCGCAUCGCGGCCCCCGUUAAAGAGGCCCUUAGCGCGGCUAACCUCACUUUCGCUGACCUGGACUCCGUCAUUCUCCACGGCGGUGCUGUGCGCACUCCUUUCGUUCAGAAGGCGCUGGAGGACCUGGCUGGUGACGCGUCGAAGCUUCGCAGCAACGUCAACGCCGACGAGGCGGCCGUUUUUGGCGCUGCCUUCAAGGGUGCUGGUCUUUCUCCCAGCUUCCGCGUCAAGGAGAUCCGUGACAGUGACACUGCGAACUACGUUGUGAACAUGAAGUACAUGUGGAACCUGAAGGAGCGCAACCAGAAGCUCUUCUCCACCACUUCUCGCACCGGCACCGUCAAGGAGAUGCCCUUCAAGAUGCUCGGCGAUUUCGAGUUCACCCUGUCCCAGGACACCGGGGACCACGAGGAGCCUGUCCUGAGCGUUCGCACCGGAAACCUCACGGCGGUUGUCACCGACCUGAUUGACAAGGAGGGCUGCAACCGGGAUGACAUCAACACCAAGUUCUCCAUCAAGCUCGACCCCACCACCGGCCUUCCUGAGAUUGUCAAGGCCGAGGCCAGCUGCGAGGUUGACGAGACCGAGAAGAAGGGCGGCGUUGUCGACGGCGUUAAGGACUUCUUCGGCUUCGGCUCCAAGGACGGAAAGCAGGAGCCCCUCAAAGACGGCGAGGAGGCUGAUGGGACCACUGAGACCGUUGAGCCCGAGACCUCUUCUUCUGCUUCUGCUUCUUCUACCUCCGAGAGUGCCAAGGCAUCUGAAUCCGCCGAGGCUAAGGUCCCCAAGAAGAAGACCGUCACGAGCAACAUCCGCUUCAGCACCUCUCGCGAGGGCUUUGAGAAGGUCUCGAAGGAGGAGAUGAAGCGCAUGAAAGACCGCCUGGCUGCUUUCGACGCUUCUGACAAGGCCCGUAUCGCCCGCGAGACCGCCCUCAACGAGCUCGAGGCCUACACUUACCGUUCCCGCGACUUGCUCGAGGAGGAGGGAUUCGUCGCCGCCUCCACCGAAGCUCAGCGCACCGAGAUCCAGGCCAAGCUUUCCGAGGUCAGCGAAUGGCUGUACGACGACGGUUCUGACGCCGACGAGAAGACGCUUAAGGCCAAGCACGCUGAGCUGAAGGCCCUCAUCGUCCCCAUCGUCACCCGCAGAGACGAGUCGCGCAAGCGGCCCGACGCCAUCUCCGACGUCAAGAGGGCCCUCGACCAGACCCAGAGCAUGAUCAAGCUGAUCAAGGAGAACAUCGACAAGGCCGCUGAGGCCAGCUCUUCAGCCGAAGCCGCCGCUUCGGCAUCAUCUGCAUCCGCCUCAUCUUCCACCCCCGCCGCCGAGGCUUCCGGCGAAGCCGACCCGCUCGCCGACCUCGAGGAAGAAGAGAGCCCGAGUCCCUCCAGCGCCGCCGAAGACGCCCAGGCCACCGAACCCGCGUUCAUGUCCCCUUACACGCAGGCGGAUCUGGACGAGCUGAACAAGGCUUUCGACGACGCGAGCAAGUGGCUCGACGAGAAGCUGGCUGCGCAGGACAAGCUCACGGCCACCGACGACCCCGCCGUGUCGAGCAAGGAGCUCGAGCGCCGCGCCGAGGACCUGAACAGGAUCUCGAUCGAGAUGCUACAGCGGAAGCUGCGGAUGCCCGGCGCUGGCAGCGGUAAGAAGUCGGGGAGCAAGAAGACGAACGAUAAGAAGAGCAAGAAGAGCAAGAGUAAGAAGGACAAGAAGGCUGAGAAGGCCGAGAAGGAGAAGGCGGCGGAGGAGACUAAGGACGAGAAGGAGACGCCUGAGCAUGGGGAGUUGUGA